UAACUGAUAACGCACUCAACACAUUCCAUAAAGCACAGCCAAGGUCCAAAAACAGCAGAAGAAAGAAAUAAUGUUAUCGGAAAUACUUUUAUCGUGUUUCACUUACAAACGGGGACUGUACUAGUACAUGGAUAGGAUUUUUUUUUUUUGGUGUGUGUUUAUAUGGAAUAUUUAAUAUAUUAUCCGUAAAGGAAAACAAAACAAAAGGAAGAAACAAAAUGGCGGCCAUUAUGAGGCUUGCCCUGUGUGUAUUGAUGGUCUUCUCGGAUUGUGUUGGAAGUAACAUUAUCGAGUUAAGUGUAUCAAAAGCCGCAAAGAAAGGCGACAUGGUGGCAAAGUGUGGUUGUAGUGAUUUGGACUGUUCGUUUUCAGGUGCUUUCGAUUCGCAAGGUUUUGACAUUUCAAAAUCAGGAAAUAUCAUUUUGGCUAAAGAUGCCGUGAGUUUCGAACAAGAAACACUUCCGGUCUUGGUGAAAACAAAAGAUAGUUGCUACACCAAUAUGGCGGCAGAGCAAAAAUUCAUCAUUCAUAUUGUGGAUUCGUCAAAUUCAGUUUCUAUGUCCUCACCUAUACUCCAUAGCUCAAUGCUUAACGAUUUCCCAACAUUGGUUGGGACCGUUGAAAGUUUAACUCCACCUGGCGGUGAAACCGAUCAAUAUAAGUCAUUUCAUUUAUUAGGACCGUUGUCUGAACAUUUCAAAGUAAAAAUAAACAGUGCAAAUGAAGUUGAAAUAUUAAAAGAACCAAGUUUUCUGAAGAGUGAAACCUUUUCAACGUUUCUCUUUAUUUUAGUGUUCAAAAGCGAACGCCAGACGUACUAUUAUAAUGCAGAGCUUUUCAUAGGUUCUGAUAUUGAAGAUUCAGAAGACAGAUAUAUUAGUGUACAAGAAUCUCAUGACGUCAUGAAACGCCAAAUCUCCACAGUUGUACCAAGAAAUGUGGCAAAGAACAUUUCUGUGUAUGAAAACAAUACGGGGGUUUUAUUCAACAUUCUGGAUAAUCCGUCUCAAAACAAUGGAAUGUCUUUCGAAAUAUUAGAAGCACUCCCGGAAGACAUUUUUCAAAUCGAUGCAGACGGCAAUGUUACCUUAAAAGAUGGCGCUCGUCUUGACUAUGAUAAAGGACACCGGGUAUACACCAUUCGAAUUGAGGUCAAAUCAGAAUUAGGAGGACAAGUCACUCGCUAUACAGUACACCUAAAAGUCCUCGACAGCAAUGACGAAUUUCCGGUCUUUGUGAACGAGCCACGCCCUUUUCUGUCUACUGUGCGCAGUAACGCCCCUUUAAGGACAACCGUGUAUAUCCUGAGCGCAUCAGAUCCAGAUCCCGGAAGCAGUUUGCGGUUCUACAAUAAUGGUUCUCUUGACUUUGAUGUGGACGAAAAAACCGGAAAAAUCAUGACUGCCAGGAUCUUUAAUGGUGUCAACGAUACAGAUGGGACUGAUUACGUCAUAACUGUCUAUGUGUCGGACAUCGCGGCCCCGGUACUGCAGACGACAGAGGCCACGGUAACGGUCAGGAUGGGAAGAAGAGGGCCCCAGUUUUUCUCUUCGUCAUACUCUGCAAACGUUCGAGACGACAAUGAAAUCAAUCAAAUAUUUCUCCUUUUGGAUAGUAACGGAGACAAUUCACCUGUUCAAUCUCUGAACUUCCAGGCUGAUUCGGGUGGCACCACGACUUAUUCGGUGUAUAGCUCCACGUCCACCACAUCUAAUAAAUUUGACAUUUCUCCAGACGGAAAUCUCCGAGUACUAUCCAAGCUGUUGUUGGGCGUGGAUCCCCCUCAGUACUCCUUGUACAUCCAGGCCCAGGAUUCUUUUUCGGGAUUAUCGACAAACGUCGACCUGACUGUUCAUCUUCUGAAGAAUUACAAACCAAUGUUUACGUUGCCCGUCUACACGCAAACCGUGCUGGAGAGUCUGAAAGUCAACGAUUCCGUUUUGACUGUGGAGACCAUUGGGAACAAUGGCACGCAGAAUUUUAACUACAGCGUUGACUCGUCUGUGUUCUGGGUUGAAAACUCGAAUGGAAAAGGCAUCAUCCGAGUGAGGAGUCAGUUAGACUACGAGGCAGCAAGUGAUGCGUAUUACCAGGACCAUUCAUACACCUUCCACGUGACAGUCGAUGGCUACAACAUUACGUCACUAGUUGUUGUGUACAUACAGAACGUAAAUGACGAAGCACCCACAUUUACGAGCAGCAGUGAAAGCACAAUACAAGACACGAUCGAUUCGGGUCGCACCGUGAUGAAUGUCAAAGCCAUUGACAAGGAUGGGGAUAAAGUGACAUACAGAUUUCUAGGAUCCAGUUCAAUAUUUAGUAUUGACCAAACUUCCGGGAAAAUAACGAUAUCGAUACCAGGAAGUCAACUGCCAGUCAACCAAGACUCCUAUGAGUUGAUUGUGGCGGCUCAGGAUGAUGGGAGUUGCUGUGAACACGGCACAGCUCAUACGACAACGCAACCCAUCAAAAUCAACAUCGUGGACAGCAAAAACUUCAAACCCCAGUUUGUGGAUUGCAGGUCCUACUAUAACGCGUCAAUUCUAGAAGAAGAACCCAGAGGAACGGUUGUUUUAACGGUUUCAGCAACAGAUAGAAACAAAGGAGAGAACGGCGUAGUGGACUAUACCAUUCUUAGUUUUAGAGAUGACCUUAGGCAAGACUUUACCAUCGAAAAGAUAAACGGAUCUGGAGUAAUCAAAAGUAAUGUCAAGUUUGACCGCGAGACGUUGAAGGACAUUCUGAAGGUGACGGUCAUUGCGACCGACCACGGCCAGCCCCCACUCAGCAGCGAGUGUUCCUUCAUUGUUGACGUCAUCGAUAUAAACGACAACGCCCCGGUGUUUCUUUCGGGAGAAAACGUACAAGGAUGUCAAGGACGCGAUGAAGGAAGGGUGUCACGUGACUCUAGUAUUAGUGACGUAGCGUUGAACAUUAGAGCGUUCGAUAUAGACUCCGGGGAAAAUGCUGAAGUAGUAUACUCGUUAGUUGACAAUCCAGGGAAUUACUUUAACAUCAUGACCAAAACGGGGAUGAUUAUUGUAAAUCAAAACCUUUCCGAUGCUCCAGAACGUGUGAGUUUACAAGUUUUAGCAUCGGAUAAAGGAGAAAUACCACAGAACUCAACAACCUUUGUUGACAUUGUUGUCAGUAACUCCUCAGUAACUAAGAUUUGGCCCAGUGGUAAAAAUAACCCGGACCAGAUCAUUGAUGACAACACGAGAACUGACGCUCUGAUCAACACAGUGUCAUUCGGAACAACUAUUACUGGUGCCAGAUUAAUCGUAAAAUGCCAAUCUUCCGAAAUGACUGACAAGUUUAAGAUUUCAGUUCCGGCAAGCGAUAAUAGAAAAUUUGAGUUGCAUGCAGCAGGGGACUUUGAUGAUGAAAAAGACACAAAGGUCGUGCAAAUAAGAGUGUACACGGGCCAAGGAAAUGACCAAAAAUACGAAGAUUCUUACUUCCUCUUUCAAAUAAAUGACACCAACAACAAAGCUCCGAUAUUUGUGAACAGGGAGAACCCUAGCAUUGGUAAAAUAGAGUUUUCGGUACAAGAGGAGCAGGCGGUUGGGGAGGAAGUCGGUAUUUUAUUGGCCCACGAUGGGGACAGUAACCCACUGUUCAACAAGGUGUCUUAUAGAACUCGGUUCAAUGACACCAAUUUUAAGGUGGAUGAAUCUAGUGGUGUGGUAAGUACGCUUAUCGAGUUUGACCGAGAAAAUCUUACAACAGAUACAGUGGACCUACAGGUGAUUGCUGAAGACGGCUACCCAUCCUCUAUCCCCGGACAAACCGGUCCAAAUACAGUGAACAACGGAUUAAAAGGAUCAAAAGUUGUCCAGAUCACUAUAGAAGACAUCAAUGACAACCCGCCAUACUUUGCCAACAGCUUUUACUUCUUCACUGUGCCAGAAAAUGCCCCCGUUUAUCAGCAUGUUGGAACUAUUAAAGCUUUGGACAAAGAUGAUGAGAAGACUUCGAAGUAUACUAAAUAUUCUGUUGGAGAAUCGAGAUAUUUUGGAGUGAACGAAAAUACCGGCGACAUUUUUGUAGCUGGAAUUCUUUUCGGUCAAGCCAAUACGAACAUUACUGUUAUGUUCACGGCAGACGAUGGGAAGUACAGUGCAUCCGUUAACGUGUAUAUCGGUGUGCAAAAAACUUACAACAGACGUCCGGAGUUUUCCGGAAAUUACGACAUCAAGAGCAUUGUGGCCAACAGAAAUUACAACGAGUCCCUGUUUCAGGUCAAGGCUAAUGACCCAGAUUGUGGAAAUCCUUGCCAUUUGACCUAUGACAUCAUUUGGGGUGAUCCGGUCAUUCCGCGGGUUUUUAGAAUCGACCAAUCGACCGGAGAAGUGUUCCUUUUGGCGCCCCUAGAGUCCCGGCCAUAUGUGUUUAGUGUGAAGGUGACGGACAGUUCUUCGGGUGGCCGAAAGAAGCGAUCUCUUGCCGCCAAGGAUGCUUAUACAACGGUCACAAUUAACCCAGCAGCUUGUAACGCUCACCAAGAGGCAAAUGCAGCGGCCACCUGUGAAUGCAUAGACUACUGCAAGGACACGGCCCUCUGCCACAAUGGGGGCACGUGUCAACUGAACUGUACAGAUGGUUCAGAGCGGGGCUAUUCCUGCCAGUGCCCCUCGGGGUACAGUGACUGGGAUUGCAGUGAGGUAGUGGUGGUCACAUCCUCCUCCAUCACAAACAACGAAGACGACAACACGUGGCUAAUUGUGUUACUGGUGUGCCUCGCUGCAUUGAUAGCAGUGGUCAUUCUUAUCGUGGCCUUUUUGGUCAUGAGACGGAAAAGAAUGGACAAGGAUAAAAGCAUGUUUGCAUACGACAAUGAUGACUAUGACAUCAGAGAAGACGUCAUGGAUUACGACGAAGAUGGCGCAGGAGAGGAUGACUAUGCUGGCUAUGAUAUCUCAGUCAUCAGAAAACCUGUGAAUGCUAGAGAAGGCACUAUCAUACCCAAAUCUAGGACAACAUCAGACAAACCAAAUACCUCGUCCGGACCAAGCACGGGUCACCUCGGAGAUUUCAUCAACGAGCGGCUGGGAGACGCCGAGGGGGAGAGCGGUGCCCCUCCCUACGACACUCUGCACGAGUUUAUGUACGAGGGUGAGGGAAGCCUGGCCGGCUCCCUCAGCUCCAUCAACACGUCAUCGAGCGGAGGGAGUCAGGACUACGAGUACCUCCAGGAAUGGGGGCCGAAAUUUGCCAAGCUUGCCGAUAUGUACAAUACAUAUGAGGAUUCUGAUUGACGCAUAUCAACUAGAAUAUCAUGUUAGCAGUGCAAAUCAUUUACUAGCAUCAUCAUGUCGAUAUUUUUGUUUCAUAUUUUUGGAUUUCAGCGUCUGCAUCAUCGUCAUUUCAUUUUUUUUAAAAUUACAAAUAUUUAAUCAUACCAUUGACUAGUUUUAUGUCAACUGCUUCUUUUAAAUUAAAAUGCUGAUGAAUUUGGUGCCAUAACAAUCCAUAUGUGUGUAUGUGUGUAGUGUAAUGAUAAUUUUAUUAUAGUUUUUUAUAAACAAAAAUGAUUUCUAUAAACUGCAUGCUACCCUUUUUGUCUCGGAAUAUUUUUUUUAAUUGGUUCGGGUAUGUUAUGCCGUAAUUUUGUGGAGAAAACAAUUUCCUCCAGAAAUGUGAAGUCACCACUUUACAGUCAAAUGCUGAUAUUUUGUCAAAUAAAAUUAUUAAUAAA